AUGGUUUGGGUUCCGGAUGAAAUUGAUGAAUAUCUGCAAAUGGGUGAAACAACUUCAAAAAAAUCAUUAUUACAUUUCACUCAAGGGGUAAUCAAGCAUUUUGAAGAGGAUUACCUAAGAAGUCCUACUGAUGAAGACUUAAGGAGGAUCCUUUAUCAAAAUGAAAUGCGCGGAUUUCCAGGCAUGAUCGGUAGUAUUGAUUGUGUGCACUGGGAAUGGAAGAACUGUCCUACUGCAUGGAGAGGUCAAUACCAAGGACACAGCGGGAAAGCGUCCCUAAUUCUUGAAGCUGUUGCAGAUCAAGAUCUAUGGAUUUGGCAUUCAUUUUUUGGUAUUCCUUGUUCAUCUAAUGACCUUAAUGUUCUGCACCGUUCUCCUAUUUUUGAUGAUGUUUUGACAGGUAAGACACCUCCUAUAACUUUUCAGGUGAACGGACAUGAAUACAACAUGGGGUACUACCUCACAGAUGGUAUUUAUCCAAAUUGGGCUACGUUCAUUCAAGGAUUUUCUCGUCCCCAACUUGAAAUGGAAAGGUUGUUUGCUAACAGACAAGCGCAUGUUCGUAAGGACGUUGAACGUGCGUUCGGAGUUUUGCAAGCAAGAUUCUCCAUUGUACGACAACCAUCUCUGGCUUACGAUGAAGAUAUAUUAGACGAUAUAAUUAUGAAGGCUUGUAUCAUCUUACACAACAUGAUAGUUGAGGAUGAACGAGAUAUGUAUGUUCGAGCUGAUGUGUUACGAAGGUACUAUGAAGAAGACCUUUCAAGCUUAACCGCAACAGUGAAUAAUGGUGAACCCUUUGAGUUCCAGACUGGACAACCCUUCUCCAUUAACGCAUUAUUGGGGAGAAUAACAACUUUGUGUAGCAGUCAAAUUCAUCACUCUUUGAAAGAGGAUUUAAUUGAGCAUAACUGGCAAAAAUAUGGAGGCAAUAAUCAUUAA